UGUACAGUCGUACAUCUCUUCGCUGUUCAGUCGGACGUGUUUUCCUCGCUGUGAAAAGAAUCCCGCCGCGAUGCCGUGCAAAUGCUGUGUACCUCGAUGCCGCGGAAACUACACGGGGGACACGAAGGUGCACGUCUUCAAGUUCCCGAGAGAUCAAGCUCUAAGGGACGCUUGGAUUCGCGCUGUGCCACAGGAAAACCUCACGGUCACCGAACAUUCCAGGGUAAGUUUUUUUAUUUAGGUGUUAGUUAAUUGAAAGAAUAUAAACGUACAUGUGUAAGUGGCUCAUGAGCCGCAUGUUUGUGUGACCUGUAGCCGUCGGUUUGCUGAUUGGAGCGUAUUUUUUUUUUCUAGGUAUGUGAACUUCAUUUCAUGGACGAGGACAUUAUUCGAGACGCGACGCAUACAGAUCAAGCAACUGGCCGCGUAAUGACAGUGCCGCUAUCUCAUGUGCGCCUUCGCCCAGACGCUGUACCGUCGAAGUUCCCGAAUCAUUCGAGCUACUUGUCCAGAAAGACCGCGAGGAGGAAAGAUCCUGACUCCAAGCGCGCGCGAAUAGAGAAUGCAGCCCUUCAGAAAGCCAUCGCUGAAUCCAACGAGGCAUUUAUCAGAGCACGCGAGGAGGAUAAAGUCAACAGUGUGAGCGAACUUGCCAACCACUUAAGGAGCCAAGGGAUGAAGUUCUGGGAUGUUAUCGAAAGAAAUGAAAGGCUUCUUCUCAUUCACAUUGUCGACGAUGAAGCACCGUGGUUGAAAUACUCUGUUUGCGUGAAAGUAGAUUUGAGCGUGACACUACACGUUAUGAAAACGGCCAUAAAAAAGCUCGGUGCAAAUCUCUGCGUUCCCGAAAUCGCUAACAGUAAAAGGGGUAUGGUGGAACUCCUGGAAGGCAUCGAGAAGUGGGACUGUGACCUGAUGUCCAACUCAGUCGCCGAAAUUUGCGAGGCUGUUUGUUUACUGCUUGAUCAGCUUUGCACGUCCCAAGCAGAAGAUGACGCCAACUGUAUUCAAUUUCUGAAAGAGCAAGUCACCUUGCACCUAUCGAAAAAACAGCGCAGGCGCUACUCUGCUGAUUUCAUGAUGUUUUGCUGUAUUGUUUUCACUAUAUCGCCCCAUGCAUACGCGUUCAUACGUAGCCAUGGAAGCAUCACCUUGCCGCAUCCUAUGACGAUAAGAUCAGUGUGCUCGUCUUAUGGUAUGAGUCCUCAACAAGAGCAUCAGAGUGAAACAUUCCUCAGCUACAUGACAACAAGAAUUUCUGACCUGAAAGAUGACCAGCGCUUUGUCACAGUUAUGGUUGAUGAAAUACAUAUAAAACCUUACUUUGACUACAAAGGAGGCAAUAUUACCGGCGCUGCAAUUAAUAGAAAUGAAGCUGCUAACUGUGCGCUCGUUUUCAUGGUGCGCAGCGUGACGUGUAAAUUCAAAGAAGUUGCGCACAUCGUGCCGGUGCACCGAGUAGAGGCGGAGUUCCUGCAAAAGACGCUUAAAGACGUGAUUUGUGGGCUGGAAAAGAUUGGGUACCGGGUUAUGUGCGUCGUCAGCGAUCAACAACUCUGUGAACAGAAAAGCGAUGUCACUUUUCGAAUCACCUCCGUGUAA